AUGCAGCUGGACUCGGAGGAGGCAAGGGCUGACAUGGAGCACGUUCGCCUGGCUGCAGGUGCCACAAUGAGCCUGCGGCUGUGGCAGCAGCAUCUGGGAGAUGCCAAGAGGCAGAAUAGCGGCAACAUUGAAAACGACAGGUUUCUGCCACAGAGACUUCCCGGUUCUCCUGAGGACUCAGAAAGCCUGUGGCAGAGUCGGUUCGCUAUGGGAGCGACAAACGUGAAGGAAAAGCUAGAAGAAAUAAGGAACGCUGGGAAGACUGUCAAGAAGGGGAAAAGCUCAGCAUCGCUUGCUCUGCCCCCAAGGCGGGCAGAAUGCAAUCACACUGUGUUCAGCAUCCAUAAGGGAGUCAAGGCGUUCUCCUUCUGUAGGGAAAAGAACCUGCUGGUGACGGGAGGGAUGGAUCGACUCGUCAGGGUCUGGAAUCCUUAUCUGCCUGGAAAACCAACAGGUGUGCUGAGAGGCCACACGGCUCCUGUGGCAUAUGUACACGUAUCUUUGGAAGAAAAUAAAGUGUUUUCCAUGUCUGCUGACAACACUGUCAAGAUAUGGGAUCUGGAGACCCAUGGCUGCUGCUUUACCGCCUCAUCCAAAGCCAGUGGCAUCAAGGGAGAACUCUCGGCCUGCCUCUACCUCCCUAGACCUAGAACCCUGUGCGUGGCCACAGAUACCCUGGCUUUUCUUCAUCUGAAAGUGGGAUCUGUCCCAGAGCCCCACCUGGUGCGUUCCCACCAAGAGCCUGUGGUGUGCUGCAGGUACAACCCAGCCUUCAGGCACGUGGUCAGCUGCUGUGAAGCAUCCGUAGUGAAAGUGUGGGACUUUGACACAGGAAGACAGGUGUCCGAGUUUAUUGGGUGUCAUGGCAAUGCCAGCGUCACCUGUCUGACUUUUGACUCCAGCGGAAGAAGGCUCGUUACUGGGGGCAGAGAUGGCUGUCUGAAAAUAUGGAACUACAACAAUGGAAAUUGUCUCCACACCCUUCAGCACGAUGGAAGUCAAAGUGAGGUCUGUGACUGUACCUACAUGGAGGUGAACCAAACUAGGUGUGUCGUAGCUGUUGGAUGGGACAGAAGAGUAAAUGUGUAUUUUGACACACCUCGUGAUUUUCAUCAUUUCUGGAAGCCUCAACCCCGCUGGCAGGAUGACCUGAGCCACGGGCACAAAGAGGACAUCCUUUGCGUGGCCCAGUGCCCGCCUUUUCUUCUGGCCACCUCCAGUUAUGAUGGAGAGAUAAUAGUUUGGAAUGUCAUCUCAGGCCACAUGUACUGCAAGCUGAACCCUCCCAGUCCCGUGGAUGGCCAGGACCACAGAGAAGGCCCAGACAGAAGUGUCUCUCGACUGGCCUUCCUAAAGACUCGGGCAAGGAAGCUGGACUCAACAGCUGCUUCCCUCAUCAGCAAUGGGCCCGGAGGGUCUGUCACUUUCUGGAAGCUCUUUAGUGGGGCUGGCCUCAUUGCAAACUUCACACAGUCCAAAGGGAAAGCCCAGGUGAGCAGCAUCGUGGUGACGGCAGGAGACACCCUCAUCUACCUGGCCGACCAGCAGGGCUUUGUGCAUGUCUAUGACAUCCAGGAGUACGGCCUCCGGGGACCAGAGCUGCGGGCUCCCAAGACGGUGACAUCCUGGAGGGCUCAUGUCAGCAUGGUGACAUCUCUGGAGCUGAUAGAGGAAGAUAGCAUCUUACUGUCUUCCUCCCUUGACUGCACUGUACGCCUCUGGAGCAAAGAUGGUGCAUACAUAGGGACCUUUGGGCAGAGUCGCCCCUGGGAUGUUUUCACCCCUGCCUCCUGGAGUCACCCAAGAGUCCCCUUUGAGAUUUUGACAGACCCUCAAAGCAUGCCCACUUACCCAAUACUGGAAACAGAUAUUCCCGCCGGGUGCUCGGAAGGACGCCAGGAGCCAGACGCUGUGAUGGAGGAGAAGGUCCUGUUUGAGACUGCAAAGACCCAGAACCUUCCCUCCCCUGAAGGUCCCACUGGUGAAGCAGAGGCGAAAGAAGAUAAAAGCCGCUGGUCUGCGUUUUGCCGUGGCAGACUGCUACCAGCACAAAGAAAGCCUCGCUGGAAGGUGCCCGAGCUCAAAUGGCCCAGCAUUUACCAGGCCCUCCAAUGCCACGAGGUCCCCUGUGUGUCUGCUCUCGGGGAGAAGCCAGAUCUGUCCGUCAUUGGUUCUGACAUGUUCACCACCGACAUGUUCACCACCGAGGGUUUCUGUGGCCAGGAAAGAGAAGCGGAGCUGCUGGGAAGGAAGGAGCACUCACUCUGGGGCAGUUUCUUUCCUGAGUGCUAA